AUGUAUACAUGGCUACAGUCACACAUCGAUGAUUUAGUUUCUGAUUACAAAACCAGACUUGCAGUUCAAAUUCCACCUGUCCGUACCAAACGAGACCUAUUUGGAAACAUAGCAGGCCUCUUUGGCUCAGCUAAUUCAAUAGCAAAUACUUACAAAAUUACUGGACCAUCUCAAUUUUCAACAUGGUUGGCAAAUCAGAUGCCCACUGGUUUCCAACACAUCACCAAUAGUAAUGAAAACAUUAUCAAAGCGGUUAGAUCUGAAGCGCAGGCGCUUCUAACGAUCAGCCAUACAAUUUUUAAUCAGACCCGUACCAUCGAACGUGACUUAGCCUGUAGAACAUAUGCACAAGAUUUGUUUACAGCAGCCAGACAAGAGAUUUUAGAUCUUCGCCUUCAUAAAACUCCUAGGCAUGUUUUGAAAGAUCUUAUUGAGAUUUUAGAUUUGCAUAGAUGGCUUGCAUCUGAAAAAAUGCAAGACAUUAACUAUUCUGAAUUACUAUCAACAUUAAUGAUGUAUGCAGGAAAUGAGUGUACCGGCUGUAUCGGAUUUUUCGCCACUUUUCCUUUAAUUCACCCAGAUCAAGUUUAUCUAAAUUCCACUACAAUACGCUCUAUUGGUGUAGUAGUGAAGGAUCAGAUCAUAAAAUGGGACCAUCUCAUUGGGUACAUGACCUUGAAAGGCACUGAGACCUUAUUUACCACUCACACUUGUUGUCAUGAAACAUCCAGUUACAUUAUUUGUACUUGUAAUACAUUACAACCUUUUUCUCCCAACAGUUCUAAGCUCAUUAAUGUUCAGUCAUUGCAUGGCCACUCGGAUGCUGUUCAAGUGUCUCACACACAAUGGUGCGUCGUCAGCGAGAUGAACUCCUUCACCUAUGGAGGACUGACAUGCCCAGCGAACCACACCUUCUGCUUAGAGGUGAUGGAGGACUUUUCAAUGGGUCAGAUAAAUAUCCUGGGAAGAGUUCUGCUGAACACAAAUGUCUCUCCAUGGUGGGAAGACACUUUCUACGAACAGGGCACACAAGCCCUGGUUGACACAAUGGACUUGGUACAGAAUGCCAUCUCACAGACUCAAUACCAUCUCAUCCAAGCUCAAGUGGAAGCCAACCUGGCUAAAAGGGCUGCAAACAUCCUGUCCAGCUCGUCAACCCGAUCAGCACAAUAUGCCUACACAUGGUGGGACUGGGUGUUCCGAGGAUGUGUUAUUAGCAGUACCCUAAUCUUCGUCUUCACUCUGCUCCAGUGCUGCUACUUCAGAUACCUUCUUCGCUCCCUGCGUACUGCAGCCUAUGCUGCCAUCACUCUCAGUCCAUUGCAGGUGCCAGCCCUCCUAAAGGUAUGA